AUGGAUGACGACCCGCUGCUGGUUCGGCUGCGCAGAUUAAUCGAAUCUUCUCACGCCCUGCUCCGUGCAACCUCCGCCGUUUCCUCGUCAAAGAGUACAGAUUCCGCUGCAGAAGCGCCUAGGGUUUGCCGCGAGGACGCUAUUAGCGGGGAUGCUGCUGCUAGUAGCGAGCAGCGUGCGGGCGACGCUGAGAAGGCAGCUCUUGCGGGGCUGGUGGGCGCGGUGGAAGCGGUGGUGGCGGAGGCGGAAGGCGCGGGGCGGAUGUUGGCGGAGAGGGGGCAAGCGGGGAGGGGGUAUGCGGGGAGGGGGGAUGCGGGGAGGGGGGAUGCGGGGAGGGGAGAUGCGGGGAGGGGGGAGGCGGGGAGGGGGGAGGCGAAGAGGGGGGAGGCGGGGAGGGGGGAGGCGGAGCAGGAGGAGCCGGACAGGCGCAAGUGUAGUACCAGGGGAGGGGGAAGGGGUGGACGGGGAAACUCAUGGCGGGGGGAAGGGCUGGACGUUGGCGCAGGGGGCGCAGCAGGGGGCGCAGGGGGUGCAGGGGACGCAGGAGGCGCAGGGGGCGCGGGAUGCGCGGGAGGGGAAAAGGGGAAGAACGAGGCUGGGAAGAAGCCAAUUCCUGAAAUUCCUGCUGACGUCAUCUCUCUAUCAGUAGAGGUGCACGGGUGGUUGUUUGGGCGCAAUGGGAAGGGAGAGCGAGCCGUCAGUCGAAGCAUCUCGGCCGUCCAUUCGCUGCUGGAUUCGCAUCAGAGCCGUCGAUGGGCGGCAAGCCUGCACCGGCUGCCAAGUAGCAUAGAUGCCGUCAUGCAAAUCAGCAGGCGUCCGCCCUACUGCCCAUCCCAUUCUCACUCACAUCCUUACUCACAUCCGUCCUUCACCUGCACUAGCAACCACCUGUUGCUCAUCCUGUCUGUCCCCUUUACGCACCCUCCUCUUCCCCCUUUCUCGUCCUUCUCCCAGGCGUCAACUCUACUGCCCGUCCUCACGUCCCUCCUCUCCGUAGGCCUCCACCAACACUUCUUCUUCCACCUCCACCAGCAAGCGCGUCUGCUUCAAACCCCCCUCCUCUCCUCCUCCGCCUCCUCCUCCUUGCCUUCCUCGGCUCCCCCUUCUCGCCCCGCCUCAGCUGCCUCCUCUGCCGCCUCCUCUGCCGCCUCCUCCCCCGCUGCCUCCCCCUACAAGCCCCCCCACCUGCGCUCGCGCAAUGCACGCGCCCCCCCGCCUGCUCUGUCCCCCUCCCUGUCCUCCCUGCCUCCCGUUCUGCCACCACCAGCAGCACAACCAGCAGCAGCAGGAGCAGCAGCAGAUGGAGGGAGCAUGGCGAGCGUGUGUCCCAGGGCACUGCACGCGCACUGGGCGGAGCUCUUCCCCCACUCCUCCGCUGCUGCCCCCAGGUCCUCCUCCGCAUCCCUCCUAGCUCCUCUGCUCGCCGACCCAUCCCCCAAGGUGCGAGUGGCAGCAGCACAGACCCUCGCUUCCCUCCUCGACUCGCCUCUCACUCUCACCUUCCUGCAUCGCACUGCUGCCUCCGCGCCCACCCCUGCUGCUGCUGCCUCUGUUGCUGGGGGGGGGUCUCGCACCCCGGGCAAGAGGGCAUCAGUGCGAGGGUCAGGAGCGGUGGAGAGUGAUGCUGGGGGAUCAGCAGUGGUGGGUGGUGCUGCUGGUCGAGCUGAGGGUGAUGUUGGUGUUGGUGGUAGUGCUACAAGCAGCAGCAGCAGCAGCAGUAGCAGCAUCAGCAGUCGAGCUUCCUUCAUUUCUCUUUCAGCAAUCCUGGCAGACAGCCUUGCAGACAUGCACAGUGCUGUGGCGGCAGUGCUACAGCAGGAACAGGACCCGUGGACACUGUCCCUCGCCUGCAAGCUGGCGUCCCUGCUGGCGCAAUGCACACCGUACCAUCGUCUCCGCUCCACCCCUCGUUUGAGUCACAUCCUGCCCUCCGCUCUAGUCACGCGGAUAUCGACUCUCCUCUCGCCAGGCCCCCUCUCCUCCUCCUCCUGGUCCACCAGCAUGUCUUAUAGCGAGGAUGGCAUCUCCACUGCUUCUCCUUGCAUUCCCACAGCAGUACGCGUCGAAGCCCUUCAGGUGCGCGCCCUGGUUGACGCACCCAACCCAGGUGCAUCCUUUGGGGAGGAUCGUGUGGUCGGCAGGAAGAAUGAGCGAGGGCUUGGCAGGAAGAAUGAGCGAGGGCUUGGCAGGAAGAAUGAGCGAGGGCUUGGCAGGAAGAAUGAGCGAGGGCUUGGCAGGAAGAAUGAGCGAGGGCUUGGCAGGAAGAAUGAGCGAGGGCUUGGCAGGAAGAAUGAGCGAGGGCUUGGCUGGAAGAAUGAGCGAGGGCUUGGCAGGAAGAAUGAGCGAGGGCUUGGCAGGAAGAAUGAGAGGGAAACGGGGUGGCCUGGUUUCCUUCCUUCCCUGCUCACCUACCCCGUUUCCCUCUCAUUCUUCCUGCCAAACCCUAGCGGCAUGAGUGUCCACACUUUCCCCACCAUACACCAUCCAUUUCUUCAACCAACCUCCCCCCCGCUUAUCUCCACCCUCCUCAUGCAUCUCAUUCCCCCAUACCCCCAUCUCAUUCCCCCAUACCCCCAUCUCAUUCCCCCAUACCCCCAUCUCAUUCCCCCAUACCCCCAUCUCAUUCACCCACACCCCCAUCUCAUUCCCCCAUACCCCCAUCUCAUUCACCCAUACCCCCAUCUCAUUCCCCCAUACCCCCAUCUCAUUCCCCCAUACCCCCAUCUCAUUCCCCCAUAUCCCCAUCUCAUUCCCCCAUACCCCCAUCUCAUUCCCUCAUUCCUCCAGGCACUAGCCGCCUGGGUGUCAACAUUCCCUGCAGCUGCCGCCGAGCCUCACUGGCCCGACCUCUUUACCCUCGUCACCGCCACUUUGGCUCCUCCCAGUACACCUACCAAGCUUAACACUGCAAGCGCCUUUUUUGAGGCGCCUCAAAAACCACCUACCAAGCUUAACACUGCAAGCGCCUCAGGAACACACACUGCCGUGCAAGAUGAGGAUGAGGCCCCUAUUGCGCACCCUGACAGCACCUGCUCGCUGCAGGCUGAACCCACUCUCACUGACCGCCUCCACCCUGCAGCACUCAAGCUGCUGGACCAACUGCUCACCACAUUGGCAAGCACGCGAGGAGCUGGGGUAGGAGGAGCAGCAGCGGCAGGCAUUGCAGGGCAGGCAGGGCAGCAGCAGCACGAGGUGGAGGUGGGAGGAGGAGGAGGAGGAGGAGGAGGAGAGGGGGAGGAGGAGGGCGAGGGCAUGCGACGGCAGCUGAAGGUCACUUGGAACACGCGCAACAGAGUGCCGCCUGCUUGCGCUUUCUGCCAAUGCUACUGUGCAUGCGCUUUCUGCCAAUGCUACUGUGCAUGCCCAAACCACCAGCACCAGCAGCAACAAGAGGGGGGGGUAGCCCCUUUCUCCUCAGCCACAUCACCUGCCUGUGCUACUGCAGUGUGUGCCGCUGCCACAGCUGCCACAGCUGCCACAGCUGCUACAGCCUGUGCCCCUCCCUUAACAGGUCCUGCUACAUCCUGCUGCCCUGCAACAUCAGCCUGUGCCUCUGCAGCUUUACCUGCUGCUGUACGUACUGCUUCCUCUGUGAUUGGCAACGACGUCUCUUCAUCCAAUCAGCUGCUGACACGUGUCCCUCCUCCUGGUGCCUCGCAAUGGGCUGAGGUGCGCAUGGCAGCGCUCACAUGCUUCCUGCACAUGCCAGCACCCACUCUGCAGUACCUCUCCCACAUGCAUGACGUCAUCUUCCAGCCAAUGUUCGCCCUGGCAGCAGGCGAGUCGGUGCCAGCAAUCCAAGCAGCAUUGAUGAAGGUCUUUGGAACCAUUCUGCUGCACCUCAUGCCCGCACUAAGGACUCAAAGAGACCACCAGACCACGUCCCUGCAAGAUUCGUCAUCACCAUCACCCUCAACUCCCUCGUUUGAGACAUCUCACGAUGUUCCCUCCUCGUCUGCGUUGAGCCUCUUCUCCCACGGCCGCAUGCUGCUGCUUCAAGCCUGCUCCUCUUCUUCCGUCCCUGUCCGCUCUGCUGCAAUGUGGUCUCUUGCCAACAUCUCAGAGCGUCUGCCGCCUAUGCACUGUAGCCUUGAUCAAUGUAGCACCAAUCAUUGUAGCAGCAGCUUGCGCUGUAGCAUCAAUAACUGUCGCAGCAAUCACUGCGGCAACGUGCAGAGCAGUAGAAGGGAUGGUUCUAGCAGUGGCAGCGUGGUGGGCCCCCAGGCGCACGUUGGUGCGGAAUGGAGUGCAGCCUGGUGGGGCGCGUUCGACGUUGAAGCUCUUGCUAACGCUGCUGUGAAGGGAGCAGGCGACAGCGAUAAGGUCAAAGCCAGUGCCGUUCGACUGUUGGGUGCUCUCGCCCGCUGCUGCUGCUUCUGCCAUCGCUGCUGCCCACACGCCGAUGCAGCAAGCUCGGCCAGGCCCUGCUGCUUCGAUCUCCGCACUGCCACUGCCACUGCCACUGCCACUGCCACGUGCCAUUCUCGCUGCCCAGCAGGCAGUGCCGGCGAUUCUGAGACAGGAGUGCAAGUGAGGCAGUGCCUUCAGAGUAACCGCCAGUGCUGCUGUGAGAGUCAACAAGCAGUGAAGGGUGAAGCAGCGGAGGGAUGUGGUACUGGCAGGGGCAUCUGUGGCAUUUCUAAGUGUGGUGACUGUAACAAGGGUGAUCAGCAGCAGCAGAUUCAGCACUGCCCUGCUGAUAGCUGUUGCAGCAGCAGAGCGAAUGCUGGCUUGACUCAAGUCGUGAGACUUGAGCCGGAAGCAGCAAGGACUGCACCAGCAAAGGGAGGCGGAGAAGGAGGAAGUGCUCACAUGCAUAGGAGGAGGGAAGCUGAGAAGCAGGCGGCAGCAAGUGCACGGGAGGAGGUCCAGGGGAAGGAGAGCAGUUAUGGAGUGUCGGGGGCGUGGCAGGAACGAGUGGUUGAAGGCAUUCUCUCAUGUGCCUUGCAGAGCAACCCCAAGGUGCAGUGGAGUGUGUGUGCAGCCCUCUCCCUCUUCCUCCAAAACCCCUCCGUCCACCUACCAUCUUCUCCCUGGACUGGCCCCGUGCUGGCCACACUGCAGGCUCUCUUGCAGCGCUCUUCCAACUUCAAGAUCCGCAUCCACGCUGCUGCCGCCCUCAUCCAGCCAUGCACAAGGGCAGACUAUGGCCCGGAAUUUGGUGCUAUCCUGCACGCCCUUGUCUCAUCGCUCUCCUCACUUGAUGCAGCAGACGAGCAAAGUGCAGUCGAGCAGCGGUACAAGCCAGUGCUGAGGGAUCAGAUCGCAGCAACACUCCUCCACAUGACCUCGCUCGCCUCUCCUCAAGACCUGUGCAACGUCCGCCAAUUGUUGCAGCAG